GGGUAUUAAGACAGUCACCUGCUAUGCUUAUAAAGCUGGAAAAUUUGCUUCUCAAUCAUUGUUAUUAUUUUAUAAUGAGAUUAAGAAUGCAAGUCAAUAAAUGGUUUCAAGCUUUAAUACCAGUAUGCAAUGGUGAUAAAAGUCAUGCUAAAAGACAGCUUAUUUGGCUUAAAGAAAAAGUUCUGAUAGAGAAUAAUAGAAAUCAGUCAUUACCUCUAAGUUCUUUAUCACAAGCAGAACAAGAUUUGCUUGAUUCAUAUAUUGAGCAACGCAUCAAGAAGCAUAAACCUUUACAAUAUAUAUUAGGUAGUCAGCCAUUCUGUGAGUUGGAUAUCGUAACACGACCUCCUAUAUUGAUCCCAAGAUUUGAGACGGAGGAAUGGAUUAUGAAAGUAUCUAAUUUAAUAUCUGAUCAGUUAUCAAAAGGACAACGAUUGUCACAGCCCUUGGAAAUUCUAGAUGUUGGUACAGGUACUGGCUGUAUAGCACUUGCUCUAGCAAGGCAUUUACCCAGGGACUCUGCACAUGUGACUGGUAUUGAUAUUUCUAGUGAAGCUAUCGCAUUAGCUAAUCAAAACUAUCAUAAUUGCAAACAGUCUUUAAAUAACACAGUUAGUUUUAAAGAAAUCGAUGUUUUCAAAUUAAACCAGCAGCCAAACAUGAUUGUAUCAAAUCCUCCGUAUAUUACUACAAAUGAAUAUAAGGAUCUAGAACCAGAUGUCAAAGAUUGGGAAGAUCCAAGGGCUUUGGUAGCAGCAGAAGAGGGAACAUUUGUACAUAAGCGGAUUAUUGAACUUGCAAAAGAGUGUCGACCUGUAUUUAAAGAUAUACCUUAUCUUUUUAUGGAAAUCGGAGGUAGACAUCAAGUUGAGAUAUUGAAAACACAAAUGAGUAAGAAUGGAUUUCAGAAUAUUGAAGUUUGGAAAGAUUUUGCUGAUAAAGAUAGAGUCAUUUUAGGUUAUUAAUAACAAGCUUUUUUUUUCAUUCUCUUCUAAAUGCAUAUACAAACAUAUUUUAAUUAAAGAUGCCUAUAAAGAAUAUAUAACAGAAAGCUUCGUUUAUACAAUUAUUCCUAUUUAAAGUCGUAUGACCUUUUAUAAAAUAAACCUUGUGUGAGUCCCAAUCAAAGAAAAAUCAUAUGGCAUAAAAUGAUACUAGAAAAAUAAAGUUUUUUUUUAUUAUUAUUUCUUCUACAUAAUCUACAUUGAAUCUCCUCCGCCCUCUUUUUUCUUUUCACUA